AUGACCCAAAUGCUGUUCUGGGCCGUCGCACGUCUGCUCACGGUCGGGAUGGCUUUGGGAGAAUCUGUGGAGCACCUCCGUCGAGCCUCCGCGGGAGACCCGAUCACGAUCGCUGACUACCCAUACGCGGUUAUUCUAGUCGGCACGCUCGACCUUGACGGCGUCACCCACGCACGCCACUGUUCUGCGUCGAUCGUGGCGCCACACUGGCUGCUGACCGCCGCCCAUUGCCUGUACGAUCAAAAUGAUGAGGGCUACCGGAUGGACACCUUCGAGGCUAUAGUCAACAGCAGUAUCCGGGCUGGAGCUAAAGGAUCGCAAGAAGUUUACGGCGCGCAGACGUUCAUUGCACCCGGCUUCGACAUAAACAUCAACAAGAGCCGUGGCGAUAUCGCGCUCAUCAAGCUGAAGGAGCCGAUCGUUUUGGGGGAUAACGGCGGCCCGCCCAGCGCGAUCACCUUGCCAAAGCCGGCUGGCUGGCUGCGCAAAAGCGCGGUGCGCCAUCACAUUGUCAAGUGGACGGAUUAUGUGACGCUGGACGGCCCACCAGGCCCUACGGAGGGUAAGCUCAGGCAGUUCGACGCCUUUCCUACCGCCGACGAGAGCUGCAUCGCGGAGUAUCCGGGUAUCGACCCGGUUUCUCAGUACUGCCUGAAAGCCACGGACCGCUAUGGAGUAGUCUGCAGGGGCCAUGCGGGCGGUGCGAGCGCGACCUAUGUUUCGCGCGGCGGCCGCAGCUUCUGGGUCCAACUAGGCGUCACCAUCAACCGGGACUGCCCCUGGGGAAACAGAGCGCCAAACUCGCCUCUGCUCACAGACGUCUCGCAAUACUGUGAUUUCAUCGAAAAGACGACCGGGCAAGAGCUUUGCGUUGACGUGCCCGAGCUGAAA